AUGGUGAAUGACUCUAAACCAAAACCAAAGACAUUUGCUCCACCUUUAACUGUGCCAAAGAUACCUGAGGGGGACAAAGUCGACUUUGAUGACAUCCACAGGAAGCGUCAGGAAAAAGAUCUGUCUGAGCUGCACUCCCUGAUCGAGGCCCACUUCAUUCAGAGGAAGAAGGAUGAGGAGGAUCUCAUCUCUCUCGUUAACAGGAUCGAAAAGCGUCGUGCUGAGAGGGCUGAACAAGUGAGGAUCCGUACUGAGCAGGAGAAAGAGAGGCAGGCUCGUCUUGCUGAAGAGAAGGAGAGGAAGGAGAUGGAGGAUGCACGUAAGAAGAUGGAUGACGAUGUCAAGAAGAAGAAGGCUCUAACAAACAUGACUCAGCAAUAUGGUGGCGUCCAACAGAGGCAAGACGGUAAGAAGGGAGCAAAGAAGCAGACAGAGAGAGAGAAGAAGAAGAAGAUUCUGGCGGACAGGAGGAAGCCUCUCAUCAUUGACCAUCUCAAUGAGGAAAAAAUGAAGGAGAAGGUCAAUGAGAUGUGGCAGUGGCUGCUGACACUGGAGGCUGAGAAGUUUGACCUCAGCGAAAGACUGAAAAGACAGAAAUAUGAUAUCAAUCAGCUCCUGGCUCGCGUUCAGGAUCACCAGAGCGCCAAAGGAAGAGGCAAGGCCAAGAGCAGGAGAUAGACGGGCACAUUAACGAGAGCUCUUCAAGGAAGCGUCUGAAAAUGAGCAGCAGUGUUGAAUUCAAUGACAUAAACAUACACUUAAAGGUUGUACACAUAACCAAUAAAGAGACUUGCGCUUUUGAGACAAUGCCUGUUUGUGUUUACUUCCCAGCAAUCCCCACUGUCUCUUUGUCAGCUUAAGAGCAAAUGAAGCCAAAUCAAUCAGGUGGCAAUA